AUGGAAGGGUGCAACAUUUUGUGCUGGAAUGUUAGGGGUCUGAAUAAAAGGAAUAAGCAGAGGUCUCUUCUUGACUUUUUUCGUCUCAAUAAAAUUGGCUUAGGAGCUUUUCUUGAAACUAAACUUAGGGGUAAUAAGAUUGAGGAAAUGAUGAAGACGAUUUUUGUGGGAUGGGAUUGUUUUAGUGAUCCGACUGUUGAAGGUAGAAUCUUAUUGGUUUGGAAAUUUGGUAAUGCUACUAUUAAUGUUCUUCAGGUUGAGGAGCAGCUUAUUCAUUGUUCUGUGAAUAUUGUGGGGGUUCCUCGGGAGUUCUGUCUGACAUUUUCUUAUGGUAGAAACUCAAUUGAGGAAAGGAAAUGUCUCUGGCAGGCAUUGUCUUUGCUCGUCUUCCUUGUGCAUCCUUUGUUAGUGGCUGGAGAUUUCAAUGCAGUGUUUGAUUAUGAUGAUAGAAUUGGAGGUCAGCCUGUUACUGAUUUGGAAAUGGAAGAUGCUCGUUGUUGGAGGGCUUGUAAUAUGGUGGAUGAGUUGAGAAUGAUUGCUUUGAUUGAUGCUUUUCCUAACUCUGAGGCCCGAUUCAAUUGGGAUGUUAUUUCAGAUCAUUGCUACUGUGUUAUCAAAACUAUGCUUGUCAAGGUUUCAGGGGUCAAGCCUUUUAAAUUCUUUAAUAUGUGGGCGGAUCAUGUGGAGUGCGGAAGCACUGUUAUAAGUAAUUGGUCUGAGCCGGUCCAUGAUACUGGAUUAUUGGGUAUCUUAAAAAAAAUGCAUAGAUUGAAGUUUAUUUUGCAUAAGUUUAACAAAAUGAAAUUUGGAGAUGUUGUUCACUUGUUUUCAACAGCCAAGGAAAAAUACCAGCAAGCCCAGUUUGAUCUUCAACAAGACCCUUCUUCACUAGAUCUUCAACAUGCUGAAAAAGAUGCUUGUCUUGGGUUUUCUCUUCAUUCCAGAAUUUAUGAGAGUUUUCUCAGGCAAAGGAGUAAGAUCACUUGGCUUAGAUGUAGAGAUGAGAAUACUUCCUAUUUUCCUACUAGUCUAAAGCAGCGGAAAGUUGGCAAUAGGAUCACCUCAUUCAUGGAUGAUAAAGGCUUUAUGGGUAGUCCUAGUUCGGCUACUACACAGUUACAGCAAGAUUGUUUCACGCAUGGAGCUACUUUGAAUAUAGAUCAACAGCUUGGCUUAAUAAAACCUUUUACCAAGAAGGAUGUGAAGGAGUCUCUAUUUAGUAUUCAUUCUCUCAAGAGUCCUGGCCCUGAUGGCACGAUUAUUUCCCUUAUUCCUAAGGUUGAUUCUCCCUCUAAAGCUGCUGAUUACAGGCCGAUUGCCUGCUGCAACACUCUGUAUAAAUGUAUUUCGAAAAUGUUAUGUGUGAGAUUGGCUAGAGUUCUUCCGGUGCUUGUUUCAUCAAAAUCAAGGAGCAUUAAUCUAGUACCGCUCUUUAGUGCAUAA